AUGAACUUACUGUGGCGGCGAACGGCGGGGACGACAGAACUGGUGUCUGCGUGCGGCGGAGCCGAUGUAUGUGGGCGUCGGAGCUGCCGGCUGUGGGUAUCGGGGUCGCCGAGUGUGUUUAAUAUAUUUCCGCCGCCCCAACCGCCGGCCAUUUUCCGCCACCUGAGACCGGCGACGCCGCCGCCGUGUUUAUCUUCUCAUUAUUGCGGCGUACUGUUCAAAUCCGGCAAAGCUAAGAAGCUCUCCACCUCCGGCGACACCAGCCGACGAAGCUUUAAAUUCAUUUAUCACUGCUAUCACCGCCACGUUGCCGCCACCGUGUCUCCGCCGCCAUGUAUGUCUCAUAAAUUGCCGACCCUGCUCUCAAUUCCGACAGCAAGAGGAAGUUCGCCACCUCCGGCGACACCAAUCGGCCAACCUUCAGCCGUUUAA